UUGCUUUGACUGCAAGAGUGUUUUUUUUAAAUCAAAGUUGGUGGCUUCUGUGCACGACUACAAGAAUAUGGCGAGCAAUGGAAUCGGUGGCGUGAAAGACUGGCGUAUAUGAUCUCCUUCCUAUUUUCUAGUGCGAGGCCGUGGUUGAAAACCCUACAAUCAUAUCCAUUUCAGACAUCUCCCCUCAAAUUUAGGGCUUUAUCUGCCAAGCAGGCUCUUCAAAUGGCUCGUUCAGCUUUGGAUGAGGUCUCAGAUACAGGUGCUUUUAACCGCACCCCAUCUACAUUCCGCUAUUUCAUUUCUAGAGAUGGAACCUCUCAAUUUCCAGCAGAGUCGGGAAGAUAUCAUUUGUAUAUAUCAUAUGCUUGUCCUUGGGCUUCAAGAUGUCUUGCAGUUCGAAACAUCAAGGGACUGCAGAGAGCUAUUAGUUUCUCGGCGGUAAAACCAAAAUGGGAAAGGACGAGUGAGACUGAUAGCCAUAUGGGGUGGGUCUUUCCAAUCUCAUCUUCAGAAGAACCAGGAGCAGGGCCUGACCCAUUGAAUGGAGCAAAGACUAUUAGGGAGCUGUACGAGCUUGCCUCUGCUAACUAUUCUGGGAAAUAUUCUGUUCCUGUUCUAUGGGACAAGAAACUUAAAACAAUUGUUAACAAUGAGAGCUCAGAUAUAUUCAGAAUGUUAAAUAGUGAAUUCAAUGAUAUAGCAGAAAAUGCUGAUGUGGACCUGUACCCACCAGAAUUGAGUAGCCAGAUUGAUGGUAUUAACGAAUGGGUGUAUGAUGGGAUAAACAAUGGUGUGUAUAAAUGUGGUUUUGCCACAAAACAACAGCCUUAUGAAGAGGCUGUGGAAAAAUUAUUCCAAUGUUUGGACAAAUGUGAGCAAAUAUUAGGCCAGCAGCGGUAUAUUUGUGGGAACAGACUGACUGAAGCUGAUAUUCGGUUAUUUGUUACUCUGAUUAGAUUUGAUGAGGUUUAUGUUGUACAUUUCAAGUGCAAUAAGAAGUUGAUACAUGAGUACCCAAACCUGUUCAACUACACAAAAGACAUAUUCCAGAUUCCAGCCAUCAAGAGCACGGUGAACAUGGAGCACAUCAAGCGCCACUACUAUGGAAGUCAUCCUUCCAUUAAUCCUUAUGGAAUCAUACCUGUGGGUUCCAAUACGGAUUAUUCUGCGCCCCAUGAUAGAGACAAGUUUGUUAAUUAGAAUGCUGAUGCCAAGACAAUAAAUUCCUGCUAUUCAUAAUACCAUCUUGCAGUUGAUUGUGCUCAUGCUUCUGAGCCUAUUUGUCAUCUGCGGCACCAGCUUUGAGGUCCCCUGUUGAGAUCAUAGGCCCAAGAAUGACUGUGAUCUGACUUCUCAGAACAACUAAAUCUGUCCUAUAUGUGAUGAAUUUGUAUUGUGUGAAUUUGUGACUUAUGGUUUGAUUAUGUUAAUGUGAUCAUCUCAGGCGCUUGUCGACCUUUGUUGUUUU